AUGAAAUUCGCUGUCGCAAUAAUCGGUGCUACGCUACUCACUACGUCUAUCAUCGCCUCUCCACUCACUCCUCGCCAACAGGCAGACCGUGAGAUACAUCAAUAUACCCAAGCUCCGCGCCGCAGAAUUCGGCCUCAUAGUCCAGGUACCUCGGAAGUGCUCUAUCUGAAUCAAACGUCCCAGGAGACUUACAGCUCAAACUGGGCCGGGGCUGUGCUUAUUGGUACAGGAUACUCUUCGGUAUCCGGAGAGAUCACUGUUCCUAUCCCCCGACUCCCGAAUGAUGCGAAUUCCUACACAAAUUACUGUGCCUCUGCAUGGGUUGGCAUUGACGGUGAUACUUGCAGUACAGCCAUUCUACAAACAGGAAUCGAUUUCUGUAUUCAAGGAGGGUCUACAUCGUACAGCGCGUGGUACGAAUGGUAUCCAGACUACGCCCAUGACUUUAGCAACAUCCAAAUUUCGGCUGGAAAUGUCAUCAGAAUGACAGUCGAUGCAACUUCGAAAAGUUCCGGCUCUGCUACCGUUGAGAAUUUAUCCACUGGCGCAUCUGUCACGCAUAUAUUCCGUAAUGGUCUUUGGGGUGACUUAUGUGAGUUCAAUGCCGAAUGGAUUGUGGAGGACUUUUCUGUAAACAACGCGUUGGCUCCUUUUGCCAACUUUGGCACAGUGAUAUUCUCCAAUGCAACUGCCUCGCGCAGUGGGAAUACUUACGGACCAUUGGGUGCUACAAUAAUGGACAUCUAUCAAGAUCGGAUUCUCACAUCUUCAUCUGUCACCAGAAACACUGUCACUAUCAGUUACAUCUAG